GAAGAGAACUUUCAAAGAAUCACGAGCCAGGCGGGAAAGUUGGUUAUUCGUUCUGACCAAUCAAUUCACUCGUGUAGCAACGCCGCUGCGGAGUGUCUACAGCGGAGAGGGACGAGGAAGCGAACAUAUUAGUCUAUAAGAUAAACGAGUUAUUUUUCUUCUUCCAAUUUUAUACCCAAGGAGAUACUUCAGCGUAAACCAAGAACGAUGACUGGUUCGAACGAGUACAAACUGAACCAGGGACCAGAGGACAGUAUCUCUGCUGUGAAGUUCAGCCCCAGUACAGGCCAGUUCCUUCUAGUGUCCUCUUGGGACUGUACUGUCCGGCUCUACGAUGUGGCAGGAAACUCCAUGAGGAUCAAGUAUUCUCACCUGGCACCUGUGCUGGAUUGUGCUUUCUAUGACCCUACACAUGCCUGGAGCGGAGGCUUGGACACGCAGUUGAAAACCCACGACUUGAAUACAGAUCAAGAUACAAUAGUUGGGACACACGACGCCCCCAUUCGCUGUGUGGAAUACUGUCCAGAGGUCAACGUCAUGGUAACAGGUAGCUGGGAUAGGUCAGUCAGGCUGUGGGACCCCAGGACCCCCUGCAACGCUGGCACCUUCACACAACCUGAAAAGGUGUACACCCUCUCUGUGGCUGGUGACCGGCUGAUAGUGGGGACAGCAGGGAGGAGGGUGUUGGUCUGGGACCUGAGGAAUAUGGGCUACGUCCAGCAGAGGAGAGAGUCCAGUCUGAAAUACCAGACACGAGCCAUCAGGGCCUUCCCUAACAAACAGGGCUACGUCCUGAGCUCCAUAGAAGGACGUGUUGCUGUGGAGUACCUGGACCCCAGCCAGGAAAUGCAGAAGAAGAAGUACGCCUUCAAGUGCCACCGGCUGAAGGAGAACGGCAUAGAACAGGUCUAUCCCGUCAACGCCAUCUCCUUCCACGGUGUCCACAACACCUUCGCCACAGGUGGCUCAGACGGCUUUGUGAACAUCUGGGACCCUUUCAACAAGAAGCGUCUGUGUCAGUUUCACCGCUACCCCACGUCUAUCGCCUCCCUGGCCUUCAGUAACGACGGCUCCACGCUGGCCAUCGCCUCCUCUUACAUGCAAGAGCAGGGAGACAUCAGCCACCCGGAGGACACCAUCUUCAUCCGUCAGGUCACAGACGCAGAGACGAAGCCCAAGUGAGUUCGGGACAAGUCCUCCUGUCUGAUUCACACGGAUGGGGCCCGGUCUGAUUCUGAAACCGUGCUGCCUCGGGUAGUUUCUUUUCACGUUGUCUUCUUUCGGCACUGUUAGCUACAGCAACCACGAUACAGGAUUUACUUCAUGGUGGAUCCAGGCCAGCCCAGUACGGCUCGGCUCGGUUCGGCCCUAUAGUGUGAAGCAGAACAUCUGGUCCACAUCCCGGUGGUCUUGUCUGGACUGCAACGCCACACUGCCCCUCACACUUUUUUUGGUACAUAUGAAUGGCAGCAUUGACCAGGGAGCAGGCAGCUGGUAUUUAUCUGGCCAUCUAGCUCUCGCUCUCUUUAGCUCUCUCCAACUUUUUCAAUAUCCCCGUAGUUGACAGACCGAUGAGGACUUGACAAAAAUGGCUGCCUCCUGAUCUGUAUGUGGAUGUGUGGCUCCAGGAGAGUCCUGAAGACAGCUGAAUGGCUCCAUCUAUACAAAACAACCUUCGCUGACCUUUGUUCAUCUGCCUAUAUUUGUUGGAUUUAAAGUUUAUUUUAAUUUUUUUUUACUGUUCCCAUUUAUUUGUACUUUAAAAAUGAAACGUGAAGCUUUAUUAACAAAUGUAAAAGGACUCCCCAUGUGUUUUCAGUUGUAUCUAGCCCCGCCCCUCUCAUAAACUGGUGAAAUUAGGUUGUGUCUAGCCCCGCCCAUCUCAUAAACUGGUGAAAUUAGGUUGUUGUAUCUAGCCCCGCCCCUCUCAUAAACUGGUGAAAUUAGGUUGUAUCUAGCCCCGCCCCUCUAAUAAACUGGCGAAAUUAGGUUGUAUCUAGCCCCGCCCCUCUAAUAAACGGGUGAAAUUAGGUUGUCUAGCCCCGCCCAUCUCAUAAACUGGUGAAAUUAGGUUGUGUCUAGCCCCGCCCCUCUAAUAAACUGGUGAAAUUAGGUUGUCUAGCCCCACCCAUCUCAUAAACUGGUUAAAUUAGGUUGUGUCUAGCCCCGCCCAUCUCAUAAACUGGUGAAAUUAGGUUGUUGUGUCUAGCCCCGCCCAUCUCAUAAACAGGUGAAAUUAGGUUGUUGUGUCUAGCCCCGCCCAUCUCAUAAACUGGUGAAAUUAGGUUGUUGUGUCUAGCCCCCGCCCAUCUCAUAAACUGGUGAAAUUAGGUUGUGUCUAGCCCCGCCCAUCUCAUAAACUGGUGAAAUUAGGUUGUUGUGUCUAGCCCCGCCCAUCUCAUAAACUGGUGAAAUUAGGUUGUUGUGUCUAGCCCCCGCCCCUCUAAUAAACUGGUGAAAUUAGGUUGUUGUGUCUAGCCUCGCCCCUCUAAUAAACUGGUGAAAUUAGGUUGUAUCUAGCCCCGCCCCUCUAAUAAACUAGUGAAAUUCGGUUGUAUCUAGCCCCGCCCCUCUUAUUGCAUCACUCUUCUCAGACCAAUUGAAAAGGAAUAAGGUUUUUUUUCUGUAAUGACAUGACUAUUGAUUUGUCUAAAGAGUCGAAUAAAGACAAAAAUCAAA